UUGUGCUCUAUUGUCGGGUCUUUGCUUGCCUUGUCUGGAAAGGUGGGAGGGGGCUGAGAGAGUGUGACCCCUCCCCUCCCCCUCCCCCCCCUCGGGAAGCCCCUCCCCCUCCCCUCUUCCUCCUCUUCUUCCUCUACUUGUUUCCCAACCUUGUGCUCUAUUGUCGGGUCUUUGCUUGCCUUGUCUGGAAAGGUGGGAGGGGGCUGAGAGAGUGUGACCCCCCUCCCCUUCCCCUCCCUCCUCCUCCCCCCCCCCUCGGGAAGCCCCUCCCCUUUCCCUCUUCCUCUCCUCCCUCCUCUUCCUCCUCUUCUUCCUUGUUUCCCAACCUUGUGCUCUAUUGUCGGGUCUUUGCUUGCCUCUGUUUGUGUUUUGUUUGGCGAGGUGGGAGGGGGCUGAGAGAGUGUGACCCCUCCCCCUCGGGAAGCCCCUCCCCUUUCCCUCUUCCUUCCUCUCCUUCCUCCUCCUCCUCCUCUUCUUCCUCCGCCCCCAUCCGGCGGCCCAAGGGAAGAGAGAGAGAGAGAGAGAGAGAGAAGGAGAAGACCCUUCCUCACCUUCUCCCCUUCCUCACCUCCUUCUUCUCCUUCUUCGCCUUCUCUGGCGCUGGAAGGGAGACUCAUCGGCAUGGCCUGCGGGGGAGGAGGGGGCUCCGCGGUGCCGCCCUCCCCCUCGCCCCCCUCGGGCCCCGGGCCCCCCUUCCCCCCCUCUUCCUCUUCCUCUUCCCCUUCCUCUUCCUCCUCGGCCCUCCUCCCCCUCUGGUACCACCGGGACCUGAGCCGGGCCGCCGCCGAGGAGCUGCUGGCCCGGGCCGGGCGAGACGGGAGCUUCCUCGUCCGAGACUCCGAGAGCGUGGCCGGAGCCUUCGCCCUCUGCCUCCUAUUCCAGAAGCAUGUCCACACUUACCGGAUUUUGCCGGACGAAGAGGACUUCCUAGCUGUACAGACGUCCCAAGGGGUCCCGGUCCGGCGCUUCAAGACCCUGAGUGAUCUCAUUGCGUUGUACCUGCAGCCCAACCAAGGCCUCGUCUGCACCUUGCUUUUCUCUGUGGAGCGAGAGAAGGAGAAGGACAAUGCAGAGGACAGGGACUAUUCGGAUGGAGAGGAUGAGAAGCCCCCUCUCCCGCCUCGGUCGGGGUCCAGCGGCGUCUCGUUCGGCAGCUCCAUCCCCGGAGCGGCAUGCAACAGCCCUGCAGUGCAGGACGCAGCCCUCGAAAGCUCCACCAAUGGCCUGAGCACCAUUUCGCACGAAUACCUGAAAGGCAGCUAUUCUUUAGACUUGGAAGCCGUCAAGGCGGGCGCCACCAGCCUUCCGAACCUCAACAAGACCCUGGUCACCUCCUGCAAGCGCCUCCACAGCGAAGUGGAUAAAGUCCUGUCCGGCCUGGAGAUCCUGUCCAAAGUGUUUGACCAGCAGAGCUCACCGAUGUUGACCCGGAUCCUGCAGCAGACGGCUGGUCAAGCCGGGGAGCAGGAGCUGGACAGCCUGGUCCGAAAGCUGUCCGUCUUGAAGGACUUCCUCUCCAGCAUCGAGAAGAAGGCCUUGAAAGCUCUGCAGGAGAUGAGCUCCACAGCCCAACCGGGACUUGCCCAGCCAUCCUCCCGCAAAGCCAAAAGCAUCCCAGUCCAAGCCUUCGAGGUGAAGCUGGACCUGACCCUGGGUGACCUGGCCAAGAUCGGGAAGUCACAGAAGUACACCUUGAGCGUGGACGUGGAAGGAGGGAAGCUGGUGGUGCUGAAGAAGCAGAAGGACUCCCAGGAGGACUGGAACACCUUCACCCACGACAAGAUCCGGCAGCUGAUCAAAUCCCAGCGGGUUCAAAACAAACUGGGUAUCGUCUUUGAGAAGGAGAAGGACAAGACCCAGCGGAAGGACUUCAUCUUCGUCAGCGCCAGGAAGCGGGAGGCCUUCUGCCAGCUCCUGCAGCUCAUGAAGAACCGCCACUCCAACCAGGACGAGCCCGACAUGAUCUCCGUCUUCAUUGGCACGUGGAACAUGGGCAGCGUCCCUCCGCCCAAGGGCAUCUCCUCCUGGCUGGCCUCCAAGGGCCUGGGCAAGACACUGGAUGAGAUGACCGUCAGCAUCCCUCACGACAUCUACGUCUUCGGCACGCAGGAGAACUCCAUGGGCGACAAGGAGUGGGUGGACGCCAUGCGCUCUGUCCUCAAGGAGUUCACCGACCUCGACUACCGGCCGAUUGCAAUGCAGUCGUUAUGGAACAUCAAGAUCGCCGUGCUGGUGAAACCGGAGCAUGAAAACCGCAUCAGCCAUGUCAGCACCUCCAGCGUGAAAACGGGGAUCGCCAACACUUUGGGAAACAAAGGGGCGGUGGGUGUCUCCUUCAUGUUCAACGGCACCUCCUUCGGGUUUGUCAACUGCCACCUCACUUCGGGCAACGAGAAGACGGCCAGGAGGAACCAGAAUUACCUGGACAUUUUGCGGCUCCUCUCUCUGGGCGACAAGCAGCUGAGCUCCUUCGAUAUCUCCCUCCGCUUCACCCACCUUUUCUGGUUUGGGGACCUGAAUUAUCGCCUCGAUAUGGACAUUCAGGAGAUCCUCAACUACAUCAACCGGAAGGAGUUUGAACCCCUCCUCAAAGUGGAUCAGCUCAACCUGGAGAAGGAGAAGCACAAGAUCUUCCUGAGAUUCAACGAGGAGGAGAUCACCUUCCCCCCGACGUACCGCUACGAGAGGGGCUCCCGCGACACCUACGUCUGGCACAAGCAGAAGCCCACCGGGGUGAGGACCAACGUCCCUUCGUGGUGUGACCGGAUCCUCUGGAAGUCGUACCCGGAGACGCACAUCAAUAGCAACUCCUACGGUUGCACAGAUGAUAUCGUCAGCAGCGACCACUCGCCGGUCUUUGCUGCCUUCGAAGUCGGGGUGACAUCCCAGUUUGUUUCCAAGAAAGGUCUCUCCAAGUCCUCGGACCAGGCCUACAUCGAGUUCGAGAGCGUGGAGGCCAUCGUCAAGACAGCCAGCCGGACCAAGUUCUUUAUUGAGUUCUACUCCACUUGCCUGGAAGAAUUCAAAAAGAGUUUUGAGAACGAUUCCCAAAGCAGCGACAACAUCAAUUUCUUGAAAGUCCAGUGGUCAUCCCGACAGCUGCCCACGCUGAAGCCCAUCCUCUCGGACAUUGAGUAUCUCCAGGACCAGCACAUCCUCUUGACCGUCAAGUCGAUGGACGGCUACGAGUCCUACGGCGAGUGCGUCAUUGCCUUGAAGUCCAUGAUCGGGAGCACGGCCCAGCAGUUCCUGACCUACCUGUCCCACCGGGGAGAAGAAACCGGAAACAUCCGGGGAUCCAUGAAGGUCCGGGUCCCGGCGGAGCGGAUGGGGACCCGCGAGAGGCUCUACGAGUGGAUCAGCAUCGACAAAGAUGAGACGGGGGCCGCCAAAGGGAAGCUGCUACCUGCAGCGUCACGGACCAAUUUGGAGCAAGCCAGAUCUGUUGGUAGGAAACAUUCCCCCGGUGAGGCUGCGUCUGCGUUGUCCUGCCCGCUUGGAAAGCUCUUGGAGGAUCUGGAGAAGCCAGUUGUUGCAACGAUGGCCUCUCGCCCACCGGCUCCGCACCGAGGGACCUCCAAAGACGAAACAUCCCAGGGCAGGCCCAAGCCGGAUGCAGCCACGACCUCCGACCCUGAGGGUCCGGCCAUGAAGAACAGCUUCAACAACCCAGCCUACUAUGUCCUAGAAGGGGUCCCCCACCAGUUGCUGGCGGCCGCGGAGCAACACGCUUUGGUCGCCAACAACGCCGCGAAGCCCCCGUCUGCGCGGAACAAGGUCCAGAUCACGGUGCCCGUCCACCCGGACCCCCGGCGGCCGCAGCCCCCUUUGCGGGCGGAGGAGAGCUCCGAGGAGGAGGAGCCCGGGGUCCUCAACCUGCCGCCCCCCGACUUCCCCCCUCCACCUUUGCCCAAAGCUGCCCUGGACCCCGACAGCGACAGCAGGACCCCCUCCGAGGCCAAGCCCCCCAAGCUGCACCCCAGGCCAGCCCCCUCAUUCCUGGUCGAGAGUCCGGCGGCCACGCAAACGCCGCUGGAUGACCGCUCCUGCUCCGUGCUGCAGAUGGCCCGGACCCUCAGCGAGGUGGACUGUUCGGGCAGGGACCCCCUGGGGAGGCCCCCUCCCGCACCCCCCGCGUCCAAGGCCCGGCCGGAGAUGACCCACCGGGGACCCCACCUCGACUACAGCCGGCCCUUGGCCUUCCCAGCACGGUCCAUCCGGGAGAGCAUCGAGGAGGACUCCGCCGAGGAGGCCUUGGGUCAAGACGGCCGCAGCAGCUCCCGCCAGAGCGAGUCCAGUGUCGGGGAAUGGCUGCGUGCCAUCGGCAUGGAGAGGUACGAGGAGGGCUUAAUCCACAACGGAUGGGACGACCUGGAGUUCCUCAGUGACAUCACAGAGGAAGACUUGGAGGAGGCUGGCGUGAGGGACCCCGGCCACAAGCGUCUCCUCCUGGAAAAUCUGCGGCUCCUGAAGUGAUUGACAAGGGAAGAAGGCCUUGGCGUUCCCCGGAUGUGCCUUUCCCCUUGCGAUGUAGGACCCCUUACUUCCUUCAAGCCACCGUCAGACCCGCAAGACCCCCAGCCUUGGUGGCAGCCAGAUAUCAAAUGACAGUCUUGGAAAGGGGACCCACGAGCCAUCAAGUCUGACCCCCUUUUUUGACUUUUUGGGGGGCUCAUAUGGGGACAGAAAGGACAUUUCAAAAGCAUUUCAAAAGAGGCAUCUUGAGAUCCCAAGUGGUCCAGGCGGCUACUUUUGGGGCGACCCAGAUUCAGCAUUUCAGAAGACCACCCCCUUUUUCUCACCCUUGUCUUCUCUUUUCCACGCUGCCGGUUAAGUUAUUCGUAUUUAUUACCACAAAAGAAGGGCUCCAAAAA